CACACAUCGCCGUGCCCUAUCUCUAUAUUCAUUCAGCUCUCAUUUCUCUCUCUCUCUCUCUCACACACACACACAGUUGCAGGGGUGUUCUGAGUUGUAGGUGCUUAAUAUUUGGUUAUUCAAUUGUUUAGAUCACAUACAAAAAUGGUCAAGGCAGUUGCAGUCCUUAGCAGCAGUGAAGGUGUUAGCGGCACCAUCCUCUUCAGUCAAGAGGCAGAAGGUGCGCCCACUACUGUUAAUGGAGAUCUUUCUGGCCUUAAACCCGGACUUCAUGGUUUCCACGUUCAUGCACUUGGUGAUACAACAAAUGGAUGCAUGUCAACUGGCCCUCAUUAUAAUCCUCAUGGAAAGGAUCAUGGUGCUCCUGAUGAUGAGCAUCGCCAUGCUGGCGAUCUUGGGAAUGUCACAGUCGGUGAAGACGGUACUGCAAAAUUCACCAUUGUUGAUAAGCAGAUUCCUCUAAUCGGAGCUCAAUCCAUCAUUGGAAGGGCUGUAGUUGUCCAUGCUGAUCCUGAUGAUCUUGGAAAGGGAGGCCAUGAGCUCAGCAAAACCACUGGAAAUGCUGGUGGAAGAGUUGCAUGUGGUAUCAUUGGAUUGCAGGGUUGAUUGUCUGCUGAUCUCCAUACUUGGGAAUACCGAGGCUUUCUUGAAUAUUUCAUGAGAAUCUAUAUAAUUUGAUGUAUCCGUAUCCCCAACACUAUGGUUUGUGUCGAUACUCACUGGUGUGUUUGUUCAAUAAAGUAUUUUCUAUGCUAGUUGAA